GGAGAGGAACAGGAGUGUAGCAUUACAUGUGUCAGGAGACCGCAGCACUUCAUUAUAUCCAUAUAAGGAUUUAAACGGUAUCCUCACAUUCCACUGUACUUUUGAUGAUCACUCUUAAACGUGAAGAUGGUGUGCGUUAUAAAGGCGCAGAAUGAUGGUGAAGCAUUCUUCAAAUCCACAAUCCCCAUCUGCCUGCUUGGAGCCAGCGUGGGUGUGAUGUUAGGCUACUGUAGGCGAAAUCUACUGCACUGCAAAUUAUAGGCUGUGGACUCGUUUUAACUUCGACUUGCUUGUCAGGAGUCCCUGUGCACGCAGUGUUGGAGUUGGACACAUUGUGUUGGUGCAGCAAGCCCACUGUUUGUGCAUAACGCCCAAACAUGGUGAGGCUGGAGCUGGAUCAGGUGGUGAUCAGGAGGAUGAAGGAGGACGACAUAGAGAUGGUCAAAGCUCUCAUCAAGGAGGGCUGCGAGGGCACAGAAAACCGUCUCAUUCUCCACAUCCUCACUCGUCCACUCUGCCUUUUCAUCCUGGCUGUUUUCUCCUCAAUCCUGCGCUGCCUUGUCCACUCCUUUAUCCUGGCUCUUGCUAUUCCUGUCUUCCUACUAAUUGUCUUUCUCAAGAUCACCAUGCCGCGAUCCACAGGGGUUCUGGGCAGCAGCCGCCCCUACUGGGACUAUGUGGGCAGCAGCUACCGUGGGACACAGGAUGAGACACUGUACAAUCCAUAUAGUAGGAUUAGUGGAAAGACACCCCUGACAAAAAAGCCAAGGCGCAGAAUUGGGUCCAAUGACGGGGACAAGGACGUGUCACAAGAGAAGGUCACCCCAGAGAGGGAACAGGCAGCAGGGCAGGUGUGGGUGGCAGACUGUGAGGGAGAGAUCCUGGGUUGCAUCUUCCGGGAGAGUGAGACACGAGCAGGCAUCAGGAGAAUCUGCAGGCUGGUGACAGGCUGCUGGUACCGCAGGGAGGGCCUGGGCCGGCAGUUGGUCCAGAGUCUGGAGCAGAGAGAGAGGGAAACUGGGGCACGCAGAGUGUAUGCACAUGUCCCCUACCCCUCCAAGGUGGGGGAGGCCUUCUUCAGGAAACUGGGCUAUCAGCAGUUGGGGGAGGGGGCCGAUGAAGACAACGAUGAGGAGAUGAAGCUAGAGACUCCAGAGAGAGGCUUUCUGGGACACCCCCUUACUAAGGUGUUUUACAGAGACCUGUGAUUGGGUGCUGAUGUACUCAGGGAGUGAAAAAGGGGCAAUGAGCCCAGGUAAAGAAUAUUAAGAGAUAAAUAAGAGCAACCUGUGGAUCUCUUCUGAAGGUGAUAGUGUCAUUACUGCCACAUGUUGGCACAUGUUUGUUAAUAAUUUAUUGGAUAUUUGUGUUAUUUAUGUCAGUAUUUAUUUACUGUAUGUGUUGCUGCUCUGUUUCUUGAAGUAUUUUCAUCAUUUUAAGUACCAUCUCUCAAUUGCAAAGUAAAUAUUUGUUUUUUAUUUAUUAAUUCAAAAAUGAUGAGGCCUCGGGCAUGUCAUUUUCUGGUCAUUUGUAAUUAAGCAAAAUAUUUAUGUAAAAUGUGAACAGAGAAGCAGUUAAACUGUACAUUUGUGGCAAUUUCAACACGGUAAAUGUGUGUGUGAAUGCAUGCACUUGUCUGUGUAGAAACCAUCCAGAUGUGUAGGAGGAUGUACAGUUACUGUAUAGGAAGUAAGUGUGGUUUAUGUGAAUCUGCAGAAUUUGUCUUUUAUCUUUCUGCUCUCCUUAGCAGCUGCUGCUCAACUUCAUGUACAGUAUGUGAGUCCAUGAGUCUGCAAAAACACACUCUCUCCCAUUUUACUUGUGUUUUUUGUCUUUCAUUUUGGUUUUGCUUGGUUUAUUUUACAACAUGACAGAGGAACAUCACUAACUGUGAAUUCCAAAUUGUACAUUAGUGUUGAUAAUAGUAGCAUGUCAUUAACUAAAUGUUUAAUGCUGAAAUAACUGGCCAAAAUUAAACAGCCACAAUUCAA